AUGAUGACCAAUCUGGAGGCAGGUUUGGAGCAGUUCCAGACACAGUCAACUGAUCGCUUUGAGAAGAUAGAGCAAGAGUUGGCUAAUAUGCGAUUGGAUUCAGAAAAACAGCAGGAGAUUGCCGAUCAACGCCAUGCGGAAUUGAUGGCACUUUUGCUGAAAGUGUUACAACCAGCCCCAAUGCCAGCACCACCAAUUGUCAAUCACGCACCACCGCUAUCAUCACCGUCUCCAAUACAAUCCUUGACACAACAUACAACGACCAUCCCAUCUAUGAUAAUCACGAAAACUACAACACCCACGCAAACCACCAUCCAACAGGUUAUCUCGGUCGUCCCACCACCUUUCAAUCAUGCUAGCGGCCGGUCAUCAAGACUACUACUUGAUAACGAGGGAUUCCCAUUACCACCAUCAUCAUUCAACGAUGGGUUCAAUGCCUCUAAUAGAAAGAAGAAGCAUCCGAAAGAAGGCUUUUGGGUGCAGGGAGACAAGUUUCAUCCACACAACGGGAGUGACCCAUACAACUUUUUCAGUGGGCACGAACUUCCCAUAUUUCAAAGCCACGGAAGAGGGUGGACUCAGGCUACAUGGGAGGAAAAAGAGCUUUUCACACAACAAUUCCUAGAUUUCCACCUUGAGGACAAGGUGGAUUUUUACCGAGGGGGUAUUGAUAUGAAUCGAGCGGAUAAGUGGGAUUGGGUCUACAAGAAAUGCAAAAAGAAGGCAGGGACUGUUUAG